AUGACGGACCCGGAGAGAAGAAGCUCCUUUUGCACCUCCGAGUUGCCGUCUGUUGUCAUGUCUUUUGAUUCCGUCUUUGAAAUCAUGCGCGUAGGUCUUAGCUCCGAGGAUCUGCGCUCUAUUUGUAGACCUAGCUCGUCGGGGCCUGCGUUCAAGGCGGCGGAGACACAAGUGGAUGAUUCUUCUGAACAACAGAAGGCCCAACAAGAUCGAAAGAAAGAGAAGAGAAGGUUGAAGAAGAAGCUAUUGAAAGAAGAGAAGAAAAGGAGGAAAGAGGAAGCAAAACAAGGUGAGACCAUUGAUCUGCCUCCAUCUCUGGAUAGCGGUGAGGUCAAUAUCGGCAACACGCAACAUCCGUCCUCUAUCACCGCGACAACGAGCUCUCAAUCUGUUGUCGAUGAAGCUCCACCCAGUUAUAACGGCCUUUCCGGUAUUCCUCUUGAGACUUCCAGUGCAGACACGUCCUCGAGUCAUACAGUUCGUCCCUCAAGCCAGAAGGCGGAAGAACCUGAGGAGCAGAAUGAGUCUUCUUCAUCCGAACAUCAUACCAUCGCGACUGAAAUACUUCCCGAUAGAAUUGAUCCACUCUUUGAGCACCUUCUUCACUGUCUAGAAGCGAGCGAGUUUUCCGACUCUCAGAUAAUAUUGAGAUCCUCCAAAGAUAUCUUCAUGCCCAUCGUCUUCAGAACACAUAGAGCGGUGAUCAGCCGUAGCAAUUUCAUGGCCGAGGUCUUCAGAUCGCCGACCCAGGAAGAGCGAACUAACGAGAUCGUCGCCGUUGGAAAUGAGAACUUCUGUAUGAUCAAAGGCUUUGAAUAUGCGCUGCAACACUUGUAUGGGAGGCCACUCCUAACAGCAGGACAGCUCAGAUUGGCGACUCUGUCCACCUAUGGAUACUCGGAGAACAAUGUGGGAAAAAUACAAUUCUCACUCACGGCGGCCAUGGCAGACUUCGCCCUGUGCUAUGCCGCAUCAGGGGCCUUCUUUCAACAAGAGGCAGUCAUUGAAACGGGUAUCAGACUAGCCAUUGAGCUAAUCGACUGGGAAACAGUCGAAUGCAUUCUCUAUUUCGGAGUUUGCACGACGAGGCCGGCAGUAACCCUCGACCAGACUGCUCCAGUCAACAAGACUGGAGAUUAUGAUGCAGCAGGAGAGCUGCAAAGAUGGGCUCCACGGCUAGUUGGUUCGGCCCUGCAUUUCAUCACCAGGCACAUGAGCAAGGACUUCACACUGUACACCAAGGCGCAGAGUAAGACUCUGCCAAAUCGAAUCCCAGAAAGCCUGUAUGAUGUUCCAGGUCCAGUGAUCACUAGUCCUCGAUCUUUUGCGUCUCGCCGGGGAGAAACCCCGAACCGAGAGAUUGAGGUGCCCUCUGCGAUGUUGAUCUACCUUCCGUACAAGCAACUAGAAGAGACUUUUGGGAUUAUGAACGCGCGGAAUAUCUUAUCGAGUGACCUCGCCCAGGCGGUAGUAGCAGAGCGCGAGACACGGCGCCUGCAAGCCGUUCGAGCCCUUGCGAAACAGGGUGUCAAAGACGAGCUGAGUGCUACCGAUCAGAUUCGAGAGCUGGGAUAUAAAGAGAUAGUCGCUGUUAGCGAAGAACAGGGCCCAGCUAUUACUCUCAACAGAGAGUGGAUUGGUCUGGCUGUUGUGGAAGAGACAGUCGCGACGCCCAGAGUCAAACGUGUGGUCAAGAAACAUAAGAAGCACAAGCAUGAACUCGAUCAAGAGAUGUGUGCACUUUGA